AGAGCGGAGCGAGAGGCUGAACGCUGCGGCGGCGCAACAUCAGCAAACGCUGGCGUGAACAUGGCGGAGACCGUACGCUCGCUCUUCGACUACCGGGACCCGCACAGGCUGGACAGCGACGGGGAGGGAGUGAAACCGGCACCGCCGCUGCGGGGGCGCGGCUGCGGAAGGAAACGGAAAGGGACACCUGUAAAAGUCUUUGUUACACACACGGAGGAGGAGAGCGUGCCUGAACACAGCUUCAGUCCAGGUGAUCGUAAGGAAGCAGCAGAGAAUAAACGUCUGACACUGGAUGGACCCUUUUACACAGAGUCUGUGCCCCACAACUGUGGUCCAUCAGAGCAGGCUCAUGAGAGAGACUCCACUGGAUCCAAGAUCAGCUCCUGCUCGGCCUCCACACCAGCUUCCUCAGCACCAACCCCAACACCGCUCCCCGCUCCUGCCCCCGCCACGGCAACCUCGGCUCAGGCCCCGUCUCUGACUCCCGCGUCCACUGCUCCGGCAGCUCCAACGGCCUCUGCUCCGGCCCCAACAGCUAGCUCCUUCCCUCCCUCCCCAAACUGCCGCAUUCGGGAGGUCCACUGUGGCAGCCAGGUGCGGCUGGUUGUUAUCGCCAUCCGGGACAUCACCAAGGGGGAGGAGAUCACUGUGGACUACAGUUUGACCGAAUGGGGAGAGAACCUGGGUUUCCGUGGUACCGUGUCUCCAGUGCAACACGAGUGUAACUCUGACACUGAGAAUAACAACAAUAUCAAAAAGGAGGAUGAGCCCUUCUCUCUGUCAGCUCAGCAGCGUCAACAACAGCAGCAGCAGGACUACGUCACCCCCUCUUGGUCCCUAUCCCCCUCCUCCUCCCCCAUAUCCCACUCUGAUGCCAGUGACUCAGAUGCCGGGGAUGAGGACAACGCCAGUCCUCGUGGACGUGCACUACGUCGCCGCAAGAAACGGCGCGGCACCCCUUCAAAGAAAAAGACCCCCAAUCGGAUGCCACCCGGGCGCCCUUCACCAGUCUCCCCUGCCGGCGUUCCGCAUCACAACAGGCCACCCCCUUUAUCCCAUCCUCCGGCGCAAUCCUCCCCACCCUGCUCGUCUUCCUCGUCUCCAGUUAAGCCUGUGUUCAAAGCUCCGGCUCCACUCGGCGCCAACAGCACAAGCAACAUCAACACAAGUGUCCCUAGAGGAGGAGUGUCUAUAGACUCCAUGCGCCAAACCUGUGAGUACUGUGGCCGCCACUUUCGCUCCCUGGGACGCCACUUAGACAAACACCACGCACACCAACCAGAAGUGUGCUCGGCCCUUGUCGAGCGCUACACACAAAUGCCGCGCCUGCAUGCACACAGCACAAACCCUACCACAACUCACAUACACACUCAGCAGCACUCAAGGUCGUCACAGGUCGCGGUACAGAGCCGCAGCUCAGAUCUUCCUCAGAGUGGCGUCCAGGACCUCUCCAUGUCUCCACCCACUCUCACAGCAGCCAACCAAUCCCCAACCUCCUCUGGAAGGACCUCCACCCCACCACUGCUGACUCCUCCACGAGGACAGAAUGCAGUGCCAGUUUCUGUUCUUAAGAGGAGCCCACCCCCUGUGGCUGUGAUGCAGCCAAGGAAGGGAGCAAUGAGGAGGUUUAAGAAAGACCCACAGGUGGAGGAUGAAGAGGAUGAAGAUGAAGAAGAUGUGGAGGUUGUGGAGGUAACGAGGCCCAAAGAGGAGGACGAUGUAGAGGUGGUGUGUCCUCAGUCCUACAGCAGCAAGUUGGCCAAAGAGAUGGAGACACCAAAAGAGGAGGAAGAUGUGGAAGAGGAGGAAGAAGAGGAAGAGGAGGAGGAGAAUGGAGUGAUGGAGGUGGACGAUGAGAGUGGUGCCGAGGAUAAAGAUAAGGACUUGCUGAGUGGUUCAGGGCGUCACCACUUGCUGCCCCUGCUCUCGUCCUUGUCCUCUCUGGUCCUGUACCUUCGUCGUCUCCAGCACUCUGCCUUUUUGUCCUUGUCUCGGCAGUUGCAGUCAGCCGAGGCCUGGCGCCUUCUCUGCCACUCCAGUCUGGCUCUCCUAAUCCUGUACAACCGACGACGUGAGUGCGAGGUCUCCAAACUGUCCAUUGCUGAAUAUCGUGCUCGCAUCACUCCCCAGUGCCCCGUUCCCGUCCCACCUGGUGCCCCUCCAGCUCUCACCCCACUGGAGGCCUCUCUGUCCCCCUUUGAACGCCUUGUCCUUCCUCAUCUCCCUAGAGUUGGAGUUCAGGGUAAACGUGGGCGAGUCCAGCCCCUUAUCCUCCCCCCUCACUGUGAGCCAUGUCUGGAGCUCUUACUGCAGACACGGCAGGAUGUAGGAGUCGACCCGGCAAACCCGUAUGUGUUUGCCAGGCCCUACCACUCCCCCGCCACACCACUGCGAGGAACUGAUCUCCUCCGCAGCCUGGCCCGCUCUAGCGGUACCCGCAAUCCCCGUGCCCUGACUCAGACCAGGGUUCGCCGCCAGGUAGCGAUCCUGACCCAGCUGUUGCUUCUGGGUGAAGGAGAGGAGCCUGGGCAGCCAGGAGGCAGCGCUGUGGAGAGGCUGGAGCACUUCCUCGAGAGGGAGUACCAUGUGACACAGAGCUGUGCCGGAAUUGGCCAAGACCCAGGCCUGAUGGGCAGAGUGGGCCGAGUCGUGCUUUGUGGAGAGAGAGAUGGAGUCCUGUUCAGAGGAAUGAGCCUGAACCACAUCUGCCUGGAACUGGAUGUUAUGUCAGGGAACUCUGCAGACUCAUACUCAGAGGGAGAGUCUGAUGGGGAGCAGGUAAAGGAGAAGCCAGAGGUACCCACCCCUGCUCCUGCUCCGACUCCUACACCUACCCUGCUCUAUGUCAGGAAGGGCAAGAACAAUGGGCGGGUGGGACGACCAAAGAAGCUCAAGAACGCCCAGUCUACCCCUCCGCCUCCUCCGGCUCAACCUAUAAACCGCAGGAGAGGCUCAGGUCAGCUCACAUCAGGUAAGCGAGGCGUCCUAAAGCGUCCCUGGUCAGAGGCGGAGCGUGCGGCCGUCGAGGAGCACCUGACCCGAAACAUCACCGAGCUCCGAGUCCCCGCCAAGGCCGACUGUGAGCGCUGCCUGCAGCAGUGCCCCCUGCUGGUCAGCAACCACCGCGACUGGCGUGCCAUCAAGUUCUACUGCCACAACCGCAUUCAGCUGCUGAAGAAGAACCAACGGCGUGACAGCGACCCACAGCCCCUCACCGUCUGCUGAGAGGGGGCAUCUCAGAGUGAGGGAGGGAGGGAGGGAGGGGGCUAGACGAGCUGAUCAGAACAGAUUCUCAAAUGGUACCCUGCUGCCCAGGAAAUGCACUAAUUUUGAGAGGACGGUCAUGAAUUUCACUCUACCUUCCUGGUAGCGUGGUUUGUGUUUUUAAACAUGGUUUCUAAUUUGACUCCUGAUGGCAUUUUUAUUCUCAGCCAAACAAGAACAGAAAUUCCGAUUUCCGCUGCUCUACUUUAAGGUCUUAAAGAUGACAAUGACAAUGAGUUUUUAGGGUGCUCCUGUUUUCAGGGUUACAGUUCAAGUCUUGUCAAAAGCAGUGCACGUGGACGGGUGCCCUUUGAGACAUGCCUUUGGGUACUUCAGUGACCACGGCACUGACCGCAGCCUGUGUUGUGUUGUGUUGUGAAUGUUUUUUUUUUUCCUCCUUCCAAAAUGGACACACUAAACUGAAAUGUAAACAAGGGAGGAGACUGAGCCCUACAGUGUUGUUAUAUGAACGUCGUGAAGUAGCAUUAGCGUUUUAUGCACUUGGAGACGUCAACAGGACAAAUGGCCUUAGUCUGGGCCACACUUUUCCUUAAUAGUGGCUUUAUAUAAUUAGAAUAGGCCUAACUAAUGCUAACCUAGAAGAAUAGCCCGAUCUUUCCUCAAACAAGCUAGCUUUCAAACAGUUGACGUCGCUAUUCUGACUGGUUUCAUUAUAUUUGGACCUCAAGGUACUAGGUGAUGAAUGAGUUACUCUUUUGCAGUUACAAUGAAGUUUGUUCUUUUUUAUUUACCGAAACAUAACCCGAUAGUAGGUUUUUUGAGUUGUGGAUUUCAUCGCAAAGAAAAUUAAAUGGCAUCAGAAUGUUGUGAAGUUACUGUUGAAUACCUAAGAUGUUUAGUUCAACCACAAAGUCCAAGAAACUUACUCUAUGAACUGUCCUUGUCCUUUUCUCCAUUUCCCCCCAUUUCCCCCAGAUGAACAGUGUGUUCAUAUUUCCUAUUGUUUGUUGUUUUUUCUGCCUGUUGCACAUUUGUUAUUCAAAGAAGUAAAAAAAAAAGGCCAAUAAGCUGGAUACCACUUUGUAUGCGGAAAAGAUAUUCCCGAGGUAAUGUUUCAAAGUUUCUUAAAAAAUAAGUGGGCAUUUAUCAUAGAAGUGAUCGUUCUGUGUUGCCACAUUUGUUUCGUCGUCUGUGUCGACUUUUCCAACGGCUAGAGCUCAUCCUGUACUUUUUCCCGGCCACACUACACGGUUUGCAGCUCGACCAGAUUUUUUGGUUUCUCUUCAGCGUUUCUGGAAAUCUGCGUCCAUCGGACUAAAACCUCCACGAAACGAAACUUGAAGUUAUUUAAACCUUUUUGCAGAAUCUUUAUGUUCCUUCUUGCUCUAGCCUUGCCAGUUACAUUGUACAUAACAAAUAUAUUAUCAUUAUGCUAACUGGUUGUUUGUGCUAGACUAUAUGUAGCUUUUUUUUCAUUUCUGAGUUAUUGUAUCUGUACAUAAGCCUAUUUGUAAAUACUCCUCAGAGAAACAAAGAAAAAACACAAUGUAUGACAUGCCUUGGUUAUUGUGUUAUGUUUUUUCUUUUUUAUAAGUCUUAUAAAAAUUGAAAGCUC